ACCAUGGCUGGAGUUUGUGGAAAUGUGCUUCCCAUUAGUUUUAUUAUUAUAAAAGCUUUUCAUCCGGAUGAGUGUGCUCAGAAGUGGGUCGGCUUGAGCUAAGUACUUGUGAAUAAGCUCCCAAUGACAUGUGAAUUGUUUCGGAAAGAAUUUUCGUACGGGUGUGUUUUCUGGAGGUGUUCGGUGCAUCAGCUGUGAUACCUGUUGCUUAUUUUCAUCUAGUCAUCACAAUUAUCGUUAUCAUUUUAUCUUACUUUGAAAUACGAACAGGCCUUGCAAGAAUGGAUUUGACCUUGAAUACUGAUGUUGAGGGGGUUGGAGGUAUGUGCAAUGGUCGUUGGGACGCAACGCAACACAUGAUUUCCUCGGAGCAACAGGAUCUUCCCAUUCCCAUGAAACCACUGAAGGAUCCGGGCAGUGAAAGUCGCCCCAAACAAAUUGAUUUCAUACUUGUUUAUAUGGACAAUGGUAAUUUAACACAUGAGCUGAAGAGAGAGGAGUUUGAGAACGAACUCAGGGAUCAAGGACUUCAAUUAGAAUAUGAACAAAAUCGCCAACUGGUUUUCAUAAAAAUUCAUGCUCCAAAGGAAGUCUUGCAGACAUUCUGCGGAAUAAUGAAAUUAAAAAUGCCAAUAAAACCUCUGUCUAAUGAGGAACUACAGGUCUCCGGGACAGAUAUCUUCGAAGAUGCCAAAUCUUGGUUUAUAAAUUUGUUCAAAUGCGCACAAUUAGAUCCGGCGAAAUUUCCAAAACGUGAGGCAAGACUUUUGGCUGAAUUCUCAAGGGACAAGGAUUAUUUGUUUGACCUCGAUGAUGACAAUUUUUUUCCCACGAAUGUUCGUGCAAUGAUUGUGGAUUUUAUCCUGGAGAGACAGUCCGAGGGAAUUCAGCGUUUAAUUGCCAAUGGUGUUUACUCUGCAGCAUAUCCAUUGCAUGAUGGUAUGUAUCAACAAGCCGGAACUACUAGAUCAUUAUUAUACCAUGAGUGGGCGAGCACAAAGAAGUGGGUGAAGUUGCAGCCACUCGACAAGAUUCAGGAAUAUUUUGGAAUUAAUGUGGCUCUGUACUUUGCUUGGCUCGGAUUUUACACUUAUAUGCUGAUACCUGCAAGCAUUGCGGGUCUAUUGUGCUUCUUCUAUGGCCUUAUAACUCUAAAUUCCAGUGAAAUAGGCAAAGAUGCCUGCUCACCGUGGGCAGAUACAAUCAUAAUGUGCCCCCAGUGUGACAGAAAUUGCGAUUACUGGCGUUUAAACACUACCUGUAUCCUCACAAAAAUGACCCUCUUGUUUGAUACUCCAGCAACGGUCAUUUUUGCAGUGUUCAUGUCCUUCUGGGCAGUCCUUUACCUCGAGCUUUGGCGACGUAAAUCCGAGGAAUUAAGUUAUCGCUGGGGCCUCGUGGGCUGGGAUCAGGGGGCGGAGCACCCUCGGCCCCAGUAUCUGUCCAUGAUUCAGAAAGCAGGAGUUUUGAAUUUGAAAGUUAAAAAUAAACUCAAUCCAGUGACUCGAGAGACAGAACCACAUGUCAGUUUUUGGAAAGUCCGAGUUCCAGCAACAAUGCUGAGUUUUUCUGUUGUGAUUUUACUGGUGCUUGUAGCCGUGGCUGCUGUCUUCGCUGUUGUCCUCUACAGAAUGUCCAUGAUAACAUCGAAUUCAUUAUUCGGAAAAGAAUUAGACAGUAAUCAGUAUCAGACAUUUGCUCUUCCUGCUGUCGCUGCAGCGAUUAAUCUUGUUUGCAUUCUAGUGUUAAAUUAUUUUUACGACUGGCUUUCUGUCUACCUCACAGAAAUGGAGAUGCUGAGAACGCAGCAGGAGUUCGAUGAUAGUUUAACUCUGAAAGUCUACGUCUUUCAAUUUGUCAAUUAUUACGCUUCAAUUUUCUACGUUGCCUUUUUAAAAGGAAAAUUCCCAGGCUAUCCAAAGAAAUACAAUCGGAUUCUUGGAUACAGACAGGAGGAGUGUGCACCUGGUGGGUGCUUGAUGGAGCUGAGUAUUCAAUUAGCAAUUAUCAUGGUUGGAAAACAAGCUAUUGCUACAGCCUUGGAGAUGAUCUUGCCUAUUUUAUUGAAAUGGUGGGCAUUAUUCAGAACCCAUACAGGAUUGAAACAGAAGGACCCUAUUCCAUCAAGGAGUCAAUGGAUCAGAGACUUUAAAUUGUUGGACUGGAGUCCUAGAGGACUCUAUGACGAGUAUCUGGAGAUGGUCAUUCAGUUUGGCUUCAUUACCAUUUUCGUCGUGGCUUUUCCACUUGCUCCACUGUUCGCACUGGCUAAUAAUGUUCUGGAGAUGAGGCUCGAUGCCACCAAGUUUUUGAGGCAUUAUAGGAGACCUGUGCCGAGAAGAGCCAAGGAUAUUGGGAUUUGGAAGCAGAUUCUCGAUGCUUUAGCACGAAUUUCUGUUACCACUAAUGCAUUCAUCAUCGCCUUUUCCUCAAACCUGAUUCCCCGUUUUAUCUACAUGAAGUCAGUGAGUCCAGAUCAUUCAGACGUCGGUUUUUUGAAUCACAGUCUGGCAUAUUUCAAUACCAUAGACUUUCAAGAGAAUACUGCCCCCCUUCACAGUACGUUUGUCAACAUAUCAGAAUGCAGAUACUCGGAGUACAGAAAUCCCCCCGAUGAUCCAGAUCAGCCCUACAAAAGGCCAAGUAUAUACUGGCGAAUGUUAGCAGCGAGAUUUAUUUUCGUCGUUAUUUUUCAGAGUGUUGUUGGAUUAUUUACAAUGUCAGUGCAGUGGUGUUUAUCCGGUGUCCCCAGAAAGUUGAGAGAUCGCAUUAAACGCGAGGCUUAUCUCACCGAAGAAAUAAUAAUAAAGCGUGAAGCUGAGAGAGCAAGGGAGAGGGCACGUGUAUUUGCCAAUAGACGCCAUUUCGGCAAUAUUGUUGGGGAUCAUUUGCGCAGACGAACAGCUAAUGGCCCUGAAUCACCGACAAUCUCUAAUGAAAAAAAUUGUGUCUGAUUACUUUUUUCUUCCAAUCCGUUAGAACAGUUACAUAAUGAGAAUACUCAACGGAACAACGAAGAAUCGAAUUUUUUACGGAAGUGUUGAGACUUUUUGUGACAUUUUUUAUGCUUUUACAUUCAUUGUUACCCGAGAUUUAUUACAAUUGAGUUGUUAAUGAGUGGAGAAAAUAACUGUCAGUCUUUUUUUUCAGUGCCAAUUAUUUUUAACGUUUUCCUUAUUGGUUCGAUUGAUGUAGAGGAUUGGAGGACUCUUUGACAGUACAAUAUACGUUGAGAACGAUUACAAAAAUCGAUUGCUACUUAUUCAUUAGCAAAUAAAAGGUUACAGGUCUGAUUAAAACCUCACAAAUAGAAGAUACAACUGCAUAAUUUUCAGUCAUCGAGACAUAAAUAAAAAGGUAAAUCUUUAUUAGUUACAUUAAUCAGUAAGCUUUCAAUUAUCAGUCAUGCAUGCAUCGUUAUGAUGGUAACGGGUAAUCGUGUGCCCAUUGCGUAAUGUAUUAUUAGCUUCCCUUGUGAAACAUGCGACUCGAGUCAUUCGAAUAAGCCUGAUCAAAAAUUUGUUUAUCGUUGACAUCGAGUUAGUAAUAAUUGUAGUAGGCGCCGGAAACUUUAGUGAAGCGAAAAAAUUGUAGGACAAGUUUGAAGAAUAAUAAUGCCCCGCCAGGCUUAUCAAAGGAUAAUUAUUCAUCGAUGGAAAUUUGAUUUCAAAUGGCAGUUGUCAUUUAUCUUCGAUUAUACAGGUACAGAGAAACGUUAUUUACAAUGCGCCAUAAUUUCUCUAUGGCUCCAGGGGAAAUUCAGGGGACAUUGAAGUGACACUCUGGGCAAUAGGACGAGAGUUCUUGAGACCUAAAUACCAGAAUUGCAGGUGGGCACGCUGUGGGGAUAGACUGUUAGGGAAAAAAAAUAAUUUCACGUUUCCCUGAAAAUUCAAUAUGGCCAUUUCCUAUCUCCGUUGAAUUUUCAAUUAAAACGUGAAUAUUCCAUAUAAAAUGAGGCAAAAUUUUCAAUUUAUUGACACAUUGCCUCCACUUUUCCCAUAAAAUUUUUAAUUUUCAAUUAUGAAAUGCCUUGAAAUUUCAGAGAAAGUACAAAAAUUUUAAGAGGCUGAGAAAUUGUGAAAUAUUUGAAGUGAAAUAUCAAGAGCUGUUAAUUCUACCAUUACCUCAAUAACGAGGAAUUCAAAAGGGAAAUGUCGAAGACCUCUCGACAUUUUCCGAUAGAAUCACGAGUUUCAGUGAUAUUUGUAUAAUUAACGAGAUUGUUUCAUUUAAGUUGUUAGGUUUUACUAGAAUCUGCAUUGAAGUUCAGAUCUGCGAGAUAAAUUCAACGUACGUACACAUCAAAGGCGGUCCAAUCUGUUUUAUCUCGGAGAGAACGUCCUCGAGGACAAGCUCAACGUUUCCGGAAUGUAAUUGACGGUGCCACAAGAUAGAGAUGAUGAAGAUAUCUUUUAUGGGCCAGGUUGACUCUAAUAGUCAUCCUGAAAAUUCACUUAAAAGAGAGGCCAUAUGAACAAUGAUUAAUAAACUAGUGAAACUAGACAAUCUGUCCAUUUUUCACGCCUCUAUAGAUAAGUAAUGUAAGAGCGAAGAAUGCAUAUUAAUUUUGAUAAAUUUGGUAAUGAAAUUGAAUUGUUCUUUUUAUCAGUAGAAUUGAAUGGAACUUCUCAUCAUUUUUUGGUGUUUAUAUCUACAGUCCUGUUUUACUGAUUCCAGUUUGCAAAAUUUUUCUCAAUUACGUGAAAUAAUUUUCUCAAACGAAAGUGGCGAUUGAAGAUGAAAAAGUGAUUGACUAAUGGGAAUGUAGGGCAAUUGAGAGCCGUACAGUGUACAGGAAAACCGGCGUCACAACGUCUGAUCGAGCCACCAGAGUGAGACGAACAUGUGAGAAAGCAUGAGAGUUGUCGUGGAGCUUCGUGAAACCCGUGGGACUCGAUGAAAAACUGCCUAUCACGCUGGAAUUACCCGCACUUCCAUACCGCUCGUCUUUACACGGUAAAUUAUAGAGGUCGUCCUGCGGAACCUUGAACGGUGGUUAAAGUGCGAGUCUCGUGUGUCCUUCGAUGAUUGGAAAUUGUGGGAAAAAUUGAAGUGAAAUGAACUUGUAAAAACACCAAUAACUCGUGUUUAUACACCCUUAAUCGAUGAAGGGAAUAUACUGACCUUGCAGUUAGUACUCGUAUGUCCUCGACGAGUCGGUGAACCCCUCUGGUCCAUGACAAACCGUUGGGAUACGACCUUGUGUGGGUCCUCGAGACGACGGAACAGUUUCCUGAUAAAUUUCUCCCAACAGAAGAGGU